AUGAACGACACGGUAACUAUCCAAACUACAAAGUUCAUGACCAACCGACUACUUCAGGGGAAACAAAUGGUCAUUGAUGUCCUUGACCCCAGGAAGGCAACAGUGCCUAAGACAGAAAUUUAAGAGUGCCUAAGAUAGGAAAAACUAGCCAAAAUGUACAAGACCACACCAGAUGUCAUCUUUGUAUUUGGAUUCAGAACUCAUUUUGGUGGUGGCAAGACAACUGGCUUUGGCAUGAUUUAUGAUUCCCUGGAUUAUGCAAAGAAAAAUGAACCCAAACAUAGACUUGCAAGACAUGGCCUGUAUGAGAAGAAAAAGACCUCAAGAAAGCAACGAAAGGAAUGCAAGAACCCAAUAAAGAAAGUCAGGGGGACCGCAAAGGCCAAUGUUGGUGCUGGCAAAAAGCCGAAGAAGUAA